UUUUUUUUUUUUUGAUAUUGUUAUCAUGUAUAUACGUUAUGAAUUGAAUAACACUUUAUUUAUUUUUUAAAUUCGUUUACAUUAAUACAUAGAUGUUACGUAAUGAAGAAACACUGAUAAAUAUUUACAUUAAGCUGUGAAGAAUCAGAUUUAGUUACUCUGAAAUCGCUUUCUGAAGAGAAAUGUCAAGCGCAAAAUGGAACGUUUUGGUGACGGGGGGUGCUGGUUAUAUUGGGUCUCACACUGUUUUGGAACUUCUUAAUUCGGAUUUUCAGGUGGUGGUAAUAGACAACCUUAGCAAUUCUUUUAAAGAUAAAGCUGUGGAGAAACCGGAAUGCCUUUUGCGUAUUGAGAAAUUAACUAAAAAACAAGUGACAUUUAUAAAUUGUGAUAUUACAGACAAACACAAUUUAAACGAAAUUUUUAAGAAGUAUAAUUUUCAUUGUGUAAUUCAUUUUGCCGCCCUGAAAGCAGUGGGAGAAUCUUGUGAAAUUCCUUUGGAAUAUUAUAAAAUCAAUGUUGGUGGAACACUAAAUUUGUUAGAAGUGAUGAAUGAAAAUUGUGUUAAAUGUUUGAUUUAUUCAAGCAGUGCUACUAUUUAUGGUGUACCUGAAAAAUUACCUCUAGUCGAAAACAUGAAAAUAGGAGACUGCACUAAUCCAUAUGGAAAAACUAAGUUUGUAGUAGAAGAAAUUUUACAAGAUCUCUGCAACUCUAAUAAGACAUGGUCCGUUAUAUCAUUAAGGUACUUCAACCCAGUUGGUGCUCAUCCUUCGGGAAUUAUAGGAGAAGAUCCAAAUGGAAUACCAAAUAAUCUUAUGCCUUACAUUGCUCAAGUCGCUGUUGGAAAAAGGGAUACCCUUUACGUUUAUGGCGAUGAUUAUGAUACCCCUGAUGGAACUGGAGUACGAGACUACAUCCAUAUUAUGGAUUUAGCAAGUGGUCACGUUAAAGCUCUUAUAUAUUUAAAAGAAAAAGAAUGUCAACGUUUUAUGGCAAUAAACUUAGGCACCGGAAAAGGCUAUUCUGUUUUGGAAAUUAUUCGAGCCUUUGAAAACGCUUCAGGCAAAAAAAUUUCUUACAGAAUUGUGGAACGUAGACCUGGAGAUAUUUCUGCUAGUUAUGCAGAUGCAAGUUUGGCAAACUCGGAAUUACACUGGCACGCUACAAGAAACAUUAACGAUAUGUGUACUGACACAUGGAAUUGGCAACAGAAUAAUCCAAAUGGUUACAAGACUAUAGAAUCGAAAUUUUAAUUUAAUCCUAAAAUAGAGCAUUUAAACCACGGUGGUUUUCAGUUACCAAAGGAAAAACCAAAUCAAACAAAAAGACUUACGUGCAGAAUUAAUUGCUUCAUAAUUUUACGUCAUUCAACUUUGCAUUUAUAAAAAGAUUCCUCUCACUAUUUUGAUAAUAACAAAUAAUCGCGUUGUUGCAGUAUUACAAUAGAAACACUUUUACGAAUAGUCCAAUAUACUACAAAUGUGGAAAGCCAGUAAUUAUUUUAUGAGUGCCAAAGUUCAUUUCUGCAGUAACAUUCACUCUCAUUGAGUGCAUUCCUUUUUCACGAGUGGCAUUACUAUGUUUUUCCAAUUUUCGAAAGAAGGUCCACUUGAUUUAUAUUAUUAUUUUUUAAAUUAAAAAAACUUAACAUUCCAUUCAAUAAUCAUAACAAUAUAUCGCUGCUCGAAUAGCAAUCAUCGUUAUUGUGGAAUGAAAAUGGCAAUGUCUUCAAAUUAUUUCAAGGUGAAAUUUGCAUUCCAGGAGAUGAUCAUGCAGCGUACAAAAAUUAUAGAUAUGCCAUAUUUGCGAGUGUUUUUGUAUUAAGCUUAAGCACAAAAAUAAAGCUGAUAAAUAUACAUAUUA